GAUCCGUCGGAAACCCCUCCGACGCUCAAGUCAGAUGUAUGGAUCGUGGAGAUAGUAGAGAGAAUAAACACUCUAGAUUGUUGGUUAGUAAUAGAACCUAUCUUAACAAAUGAGUAAAACAUCUAUUUAUAUGUCGUUGAUUGGGUUGACUUACUUUAUUGGCCCCAAGUCUUACUUUGAAAAUGCUUGGGCUUUCGUGUAGUGGACCUAAUUAUUAGAUAAAUUGGGGGCCCAUUGGGCCGGCCCAAUUAGGUAUAUAUAUCAUUAAGCUCCCCAACUCUCGAGUCGGGGUGGGAGACUUGUCGAAUAGGUUCCAGAUCGUGUCGAGAGUUAAAUUUGACGUGGUUAAAAUAGUUUUCGUUGGCGUUGAAUUGAUCUCCUUAAUUAAAUAAGGGAUAAUCGUAUUUAUUUGGCAGCGAGGUAUAUAUGUAAGGGUUUUAAAUAAUAUACCAGGGCCAGAUAAAUAGACUCCUUUUGCGGUGGAAUGAAUUAAACUUCAACCUCCUGCGUAAUAAAUAUGGGUAAGUAUUUUUAACUUGUGGUCUUCUGCUCUGCUCUUGCUUCUCUAAAAAAAAAUUGUGGUAGAGUAGAAUUUUUUUUUUCUUGAUUGUUUUUUCGGAGAAAAAUAUUGGUCAUGUCGAAUCCGAUUAAAUCUAAAUCCUUGCGAAUUAAACUUCGAGAUCCGGUUGAAGGGGGCGAGAAAACUUUUGGUACGGUGGAUAUUGGAUGCGAGAAGCCUGUAGUAUCGGGUGUGAAAAUCGGAUCUGCGGUAGAAGGUGCCCGAAUUUUUGGGGAGAUGCACAUAGUAGAUGGCUUGGAUGCAGAUGUCGGCUCAAGCCGCGCUUUUAGCCGCCCUAAAAUGUGUGAGAGCGCGCGCUUCGAGGCUAGAGGGAAGCCGAGCCGAGCCAUCGAGUUGGAGGCUGGCACGGCUGCUGAGAAGAGGAGAGAGAGAGAUUCCAGCACACGUGGCCCAAUGGGAGGAAGCCACGUGCGCACGUCGGGUACAGGAGCCGAGCCACGCGCGCGCGUCGGGCGCUGGGAAUGAGAGACGCGCGCGCGUGGCAGUUAAAGUGCCGAAGUUGGGCGCGCUUCCCAAGCAACGCGCGCGCGCGUCGGAUGUGCUGGGUGUGUGUGACGCGCGCGAAUGGGCCAGUGGGGAGGGGGCACGUGUUCCGGUGUAGGCUGAUGACGCGCGCGCACGUGAAUCAACCCCUAUUGGGGUCACGCGUGCGCAUUAGAGCACCGUUUUCGGCCCGAUUCGGGUGAAAUCGAUGGGCAAAUUGCCGAGUGUGUUGAUGCACUUGGUGUAUUAAACGGGGGUAGUUUCGGACGGCGAGAAGCUAUUGAAUAUUGGAGCGACGACGUAGGACCGAGUGCUAAAGUUGCGGAUGAUGUAGAUGGGGUUGGUACUAGUAGUCGUUAUUCUCGACGCCAAAUCGUGGAUUUUGGGAGUGAUAGUGAUGAUUCUAAUCAAUCGCAUUCGUCGAGUGAGCAUGCGGUGCCGAGUAGUGAAGUUGAUCCGAUUGUGGAAGUGGAGGAGGAAGAUGAUAUUCCGUUGGGUGAUGUUGAAAUUGAUACGAGGAGGCAAAAGAAGAUUAAGCCUAUCAAUUUGAACUUUCUCGAUUUUGACAGUGUGCUGAUGGAAGAGCAUUUGCAGUCAAUUCGUCGACUAGUUGGGGCGCCAAGAAAUAUUGAGUUGGUGUUGCCCGAGAAGGGCGACCGUUUGUAUUCCCCUCCCGAUGGGUUUCAUACUGUUUUCUUGGCGUACGUGACGUGUACAUCUCAAAUUACUCCGCAUCCGACUUGUUGAAGAUUGGCGAGGAAUUUAAGAUAGGGUAUAGUCAGCUAACCCCGACUGCGGUUCUGAUGUUCAAGGCGUUUUACCAUAGAGUGUCUCGAGUAGGUCUGCCUGCUACUGUGAGUUUGUUUAAGGCACUAUUUACAUUGCAUCGGCCCACUAAGCUGCCGUUCUUUUGCGUUCAUCCUCGUGUUCCAUAUCAAUUUUUGAAGAGUGUGAAGUUGUCUUUGGGGAAAUGGAAAUCCCAGUUCUUUUAUGUGAGAGCUCCCACUUUCGACGCCCCCCUAGUUUGGAAGCCUACGUGCGAGAGUUUCAAGAUUACUGCGAAUAUGGCGAAGAGGAUUGAAGAGUCUAGGCUGUGUGAUGUGGAGUUUGAUCCAAGGUGUUUGAUACCGGAUGGUCAGCACCAUAUAUCCUUUUGUCGUGUGGACAUUUUAUUUUAUUUUUAUUUUAUUUUUUUGUUUUUUUUUUUUUUUAUUUUUUUAUUUUUUAUUUUUUUUUUUUUUUUUAUCUCAGGUCUCUUAUGUGGUUGUUUUCCUUUGUAGAUGGGAGUAUUACCUUUGCGGCACUUUGAGCUAAGGCGAAUGGGACGUCGAAAAUGGUAGCAAAGAAGGUUCCCUCUACGUUGGGAGUUUCUUCGGGUGGUUUGCCUCGUGAGACGGUCCAUGUAGAGACUCCUCGAGUGAUCGAAGACGACCGUAGUUGUGCUGGUGAAGUGGAGGAGCGUACAUUUACGAGAGACCGUGGCAUGGGAAAGACGGUAGAUAUUGAAUAUGUGGCUGUGCCAAAGCGUCCACGGGUAGACCUUGAGGAGACGUAUGCUUUCCAUGGUGGGGCAGGGAAACAGUUGUUUACCUUUGGCGUGAAUCGUGAAGGGAAGGAGUCGUAUUGGGAUGUGUCGGACCGUGAUUUGGCGAUGUUGAGUACCGAGGGGUUCGUUCGGGAGUACGACCGUGCUCGGAUGUCUGGUAAGGGCCCUUCUCACAUGUUUUUAGUUGGUAGCGACUUGGAGAUAUCUCAUGGAGCAAGAUGGGAACGUGGAAGCUAGGAAGGAAGAGGAGCGGACUCGAAGUCAGGCGCGUGAGGACGAACUUUGAAGCCAGUUGGAGAUGGCGCGGUCCGAUCAUGCUCAACGGACGGAAGAGCUUGCUCAGAGGACAGAGGAGCUU